AAAAAGCAUAAGGUUUUGAAAAUGUCAAAACAGUCAGCUGACAGUCAGUGACAAUGUCAAACUGUCAGCGUGCGUGACGAAAAUUAUUACUUUCCACACGGGAUGAAGAAAAUAUGUAAUGGGUAAAACAGUGGCGAAAGUAGAUACUUUCCACCAGGAGAUCAAGAAAGGUAUUUUUUAUGUUUUUUUUGCGAUUUACGGUUUUUUCGUUAUUACCCACCGUGGCUUCGUUUAGGUAAAACAGUAAACUUAUACACAGUUCGAUUGGCAAUUUGCGAGAAAAUAAAUUUUCAGUGCUCUUUUGAUCUGGCGACGAAAUAUUGAAAGCGGGAACUUAAAAAAAUGCAGCUUUACAAGUUUAAAGAGUUCGUUCUUUACUGGAUGCAAACAAGCCUUUAUCACAGACUGCUCAAAAAACCUUAUAAUUUUUUUAAAAUAUUCCAUUUAGAAAUUUCCAACAAUUUAUUUGUAGAAAAUUUUCUUUUUACAUAUUUACAAAUAGCAUUAAAAACCAUUGAGUUGAAGUAAUGUUGCAUAACCGUCACAUUAAUUCAUUGUUUCAGUGACCGCAGUACCAGUUAUUUUAUUAUCAAAUUUCAUUUUGUCAAACUAAGUUUCAUCAUUUUGAAGUGAUCUAACAUCUAAAAUAGAGAAUGGCCAAGAAAAAGCCUGUGUAUGCCGAUCUCGUUGAAAUGUUUCGACUGAAGUCGGUCUCCAGAUCGAAGAUAUUAAGCAGAUCAAAAUCUGUUACGAACACUUUUGAUUUUGAAGAAAACUUUAUAAAGCGCGAACGGAUGAGGAAGAUGGAAACGCAAAAAGAAAUUGGAAGAAUGAGAGCGGAACUACCAAAAUAUACUUUGAAUGAUAUUCGAAUGUUCAAGCUACCGUUUCAUGAAGCUCUAAUUUUACAAUUAGAAGAAACUGGUUAUGCAAGUACUGAAGCUUAUAUCCAACAGCUUUUCCAAAUAGACGAACAGUUACGGCUCGAAGCAGGACCGCAAAGCUUUGUCUGGACUCGGCCUGCUUUGAGGCACAGCGACAACGAACUGAAGAAACUCAGCGAUGCUCUAAUGCAAGCCGAAGAUGAACACAAGAAAGGCAAUUAUAAAAAUGAGUUCGACACAAUGCUGCGGGUAGCCAUAGACUUUGCUUUUAACUACUCGGAUUGGUUUUGGCUUGCCGAAGAUCUCAUUUUACAGUGCAUCUGUACUGCGAAUACUUUUGCAUUUAGUGGAAAGCAUGAAGCAAUUUCACGCUAUGUAUAUGCCAGGAUUCUAUACGAAAAAAUUAAGAAUUUCGAAAAGGCCGAGGAGGAGCUGAGUAUUACAAGGGAACUAUCGUUGGGGAAAAGUUGGAAUGUCAAGUCGUUUCUUCCAGAGCAAACAGACUCUUCAAACACCUUGUUUAUGAGUGCCAAUUAUCUGCUACACUUGUGUUACAUGAGACAAGCGAAGCUAUUUUUUAAAAUUGAUUGUAAUCAGGCUUUGGAAUUUGCCAGUUUGGCUAAGAAACGUGCUGUUGAAGCUUGUUAUCACGACGGAGAAACUAUGGCCCUGUAUAUUAAGGGGCAAUGUGAGUUAAAUCUGGGACAAACCAAAGAUGCGGUCAGCACUUUCAAUAAGGCAUUUUAUAUUCAAUCGAAGCUCAAGUCGGAAAAGGGAAUGUGCGAAGCUAGAGUGGAAUUAUCAAAGGCUUACCUAAUGCAUGGAAGUACUCGUUUGGCUCUCAACACUCUGCUAGCUCUAAAAGCCAUGGCUGAAGAGCACGGAUUUCAGUUCUAUUUGGCUCAAGCUUACAGGUACUUGGGAGAGUACUAUCUCACCUGCGGAGAACCGCAUAAAGCCACCCCUUUGCUAUCGGAUGCUCUACAUACUUUUCAUUCGAUUGGAUUGAUGGCGGAGGCUGAUCAGGUCAGGAAUGUGGCUGCCCUUUCAUCGGGUUUGGAGUUGAUGCCGUUAUAUAUUCCGCUAUUGCAAAAAACUGAUAAGCGAUUUGCUGAUGGGUUUGAAAAUCUCCUGAAGCUGGCCAAAUGGAAGGAUUCCAGAGAGCCGUUUUGGAAGCAAAGAAAUAUUCAAUUAUCUGGCAAAGAUAUUCUGACCAGUACAAUGGAUGCUACUGCUUGGGAACAGUUUUUAGCUGUUGACUUCGAGGAUGAACUCUCGGAUAUUGAUGCGUUAUCCAGCAUUGUGGUAUCAAAGAACAAUUCGGUUGACGAUGAUUUGCAACUUACCAUUCCAGACGAAGCCGAAAUCAAUGAAAACGUUACAAGCGACAGUACGUCAAUUUCUUCCGUGGUCUGAAGCUGUGAAUUGUGGUAAUAAAAAAACGUUGCAUCUUAGGUAAGCAACAGCCUAUUUGACUAUAGUGAGCACAUUUUUGCUAACUGCUCAGAAUCAAAUAAAAAACUCAAUUUUUACUUUA